UAGCUAUUUGCUGGCAAAUAAUAAUGGCGGCGAAAGCACACAACCCGAAUCCGUAUCCAAAUUCACUAUGAUUUGAUUUCAGUUUACGAACUUCACAAUUCAUAUCCAUAUUCGUUCAAUUUCCAAUCCUUGCUCUUCCACUCUCUCUCGUUUUUUUUUUUCUUCUUUCCUCGUAAUAGGGAAUGAAGAUGAUGAGGGUUUGAUUCAUAGUUGGAGGAGUGUGGAGGAGGAGGAGGGAGACCGCAAUGCGGUGGUUUCAGUUGAGUACAAGCUCUGAAAGGGAGCAUGGUGAUAGUAGUGGGAACAAGACUCGUUCUAUGGUGUAUCUCAAUGUAUAUGAUCUUACUCCAAUCAAUAAUUAUCUUUACCUCUUUGGCUUUGGAAUCUUUCAUUCCGGUAUUGAAGUGCAUGAUAUGGAAUAUGGCUUUGGAGCACAUGAAUACCCGACAAGUGGCGUGUUUGAAGUGGAACCUAGAAGUUGCCCUGGCUUCAUCUUCAGACGAUCAGUCUUGUUGGGCAGCACUGAUAUGUCUCUAUCAGAAUUCCGUUCUUUUAUGGAGCGUCUCUCUGCAAAGUAUCAUGGAGACACUUACCAUCUGAUUGCGAAAAAUUGCAACCAUUUUACGGAUGAAGUUUGCCAACAACUAACAGGAAAUCCUAUUCCUGGAUGGGUAAAUCGACUUGCCCGUGUAGGUUCUUUUUGCAAUUGUCUACUGCCAGAGAGCAUCCAGGUUUCUGCAGUUGGACAUGUCCCCGAGCAUCUUUCAUUUGCUGGUGAUGGUAGAUCAGAUUCUGAUGGCCUUUCUGAUUUGUCUGUCGAGAGUGAAGAGGAGGAGCCCAAUCACCGUCUGCUAACUGCACCAAAUGGUGAUGUUGCCUAUUUAAAGGAAAAACCAGUUAGGCUGGCGCGGGAGCACCUAUGAUUUAUAUUGGUUUAUCUUCUGCUUCUUGUUCUUUCUUUGUUCUCUUGGCUACUACUUUAUCUAUGAUCUUACACUUGAGUGUAACAAGUUUCUCAACUAGAUUAUUUAAAGACUCAAAAUGCAUGCUUCGUAGUUAGUAGAACAAAGAGGACAAUCUGUUGUAUAUUAUGUAUAUCUGUACGUGUAGAAGUACAAACAAAAAAUGCUCAUGUAUACUGUUACAAAUCUUAUUAACUUAACUCCUUUGCCAAUCUGUCUUUA